GCCGCCGCCCACCAGGCAGCCAAGAUGGAGCCUCUGGCUGCGCCCGCGCUGAAGGGCUCCGGGCCCAGGGCGAAGGUGUUGGCGGUGCUGCUGUCCAUGCUUCUGUGCACCCUCAUGCUGUUUCUCCUACAGCUCAAAUUCCUGAAACCGAAAAUCAACAGCUUCUACGCCUUCGAAGUGAAGGAUGCCAAAGGGAGAACCGUUUCCCUGGAGAAGUUCAGAGGCAAAGAGGUUACACUAGUUGUAAACGUGGCUAGUGACUGCCAGCUCACAGACAAGAAUUACUUAGCCCUCAAGGAACUGUACAAGGAUUUUGGACCCUUCCACUUCAGCGUCUUGGCUUUUCCCUGCAAUCAGUUUGGCGACUCCGAGCCCCGCUCCAGCCAGGAAAUAGAAUCUUUUGCAAGACAAAACUACGGAGUAACGUUCCCCAUCUUCCACAAGAUUAAGAUUCUAGGAUCUGAAGCAGAACCUGCCUUUAAAUUUCUUGUUGAUUCUUCAAAAAGGGAACCGAGGUGGAAUUUUUGGAAGUACCUGGUCAAUCCUGAGGGCCAAGUGGUGAAGUACUUUAGGCCGGAAGAGCCAGUUGAGGCCAUCAAGCCUGACAUCGUAGAACUCAUUAGACAAAUCAUCGUCAAAAAGAAAGAGGAUCUAUGAAAAUGCUACUGAGCCACACUAAUGCAACAACAGAGAAACAGCCAGAGAAUCAGGUCUCGCUUUGGUCUGACAAACGGAUUAGGCAUUGAAGACUCUUUUUAAUGUUUUCUUCCUAGUUGGUAUGAUAAUGAUGUUCCCAGGACAUGUUACCUAAAGCAAAAUAAAAAUAGCCAAAGAACUAAAAUGAAAUAUGUUAACUACUUCAUCUGAUGACAUUGAAAAAUGCAGAACAGACAGUCACCAAGGUGCUUCACUAUCUUGUUGUUCAACCUGACGUUUUCUAGGGUUUUGAUUUAUGGAGACACCAAUACGGCAUACCACUGGACUCAGGAACAGGGUAUGUGACUACAAUUUAUAGAGUAACUAACUGUAACGACUAUGUUUAUAUAAAUAAAACGCAAUAAAUGAUGAAAGAUAU